AUGAACGCGCCCGUGUUGAACAUGUUCAACAACCCCAUCCUGCACAGCAUGGCGAACAUCAUCCGGGACUACGACGAUAUACGCGAAGACAGGCGCCAGCGACGAAGGCCUCGUAUCUCGUUCCGCCCGGAACUCGAGGACGAUGCAGACGUCGAGGCCAACGCCCCCAAAACGGAGAUAAUGAGGCUCUGGAAGGCUAAGCGCUGGAAGGAACUCAGGGAAGCGCUGGGCGCCAAGGCCAUGAUCGCGGGCGCCGCCAUGGUACAAAUCGGGCACGACCCCAAGACCGCCAAGCAGAAGCAGAAGGAGAAGGAGACCGCGAUCGGCACCGAGCGUCACAAGGCUCGGGCAGAAGUCGCCAAGUGUAUUCGAAAGCGCCUCGCCUCUAUGCUGUACGACUUCGCGCGAACCUUCGCCGAGAUGGACGGUCUCGAUUGCCCCACGGAGGACGAAUACGACCACGAUAAGGACCAUCACACGUUAUUGCGCUACAUGACACCGGAUGUCGUAAAGUUUACUUUGGACGAUACGGGGCCUUGGAGGUGGCCGAUGGAGCAUAUCAAGGGGUUCUUUUCCCGCAACUACGACAAGUUCCCGCCCAGGCUUGAUCGGGAUCUGCACCGUCGCUUGGGACUCUCUAACGAACCGCUCCCUUGGGUCUCGGUCAUUAAAUUGCUUUGCGAUGACAUCUGCUCCUUCAACGAAUGCUGCCAGGUCGGCGCGGACAGAAUCGCGUUUGCAACCAAGCAAAACACUCCAAACACUCCGAGAACGAUUUUUGAGGAGCGGCAAAGGGAUGAAGCAAUUCGCAGGUUUAUCGCGAAGCACCGGAGAGGCGAAAUCGCGAACCCCGCGCCCGUGCGCAACCAACACGACGUCGGAUUACCCAAACAUCACGUCGAUUUAAUCUACGACUGCAUCGAGCGCGCGACGAUUGCUCGAUACGAUUGCUGGAAGCUGGCGCACGACUUUGUGGAGAACGACUUCGCGAGGGGCGCGGCUGGACGCGAGGGCGGCCCCUGCCACGUCAGCGCGAAAGACCUGUACUACGUCCUCGGGUCCUGCCGCGACGUGCCGGCCGAUAUCAUCCACGCGAUGAUCAGCGUCGCGCCGCAGCACGCGCUCAAGUACCGGGACUUUUCGUCCAAACGUAACCUUCUUCACGUCGCCGCGUGCAGCCGGCGCGAUCCGGUGAAGAGCGACUCGGACCGGAUCGGCGCGUUUAUCAAGCAUCGGUUGCAGAUCGAUAUCAUCAAGCGCUUGAUCGACCUGCGACCCGUGCUUCUUAACGAGGAGGACGUCAACGGCUUGACCCCGCUCGCUCGGCUCAUACUUUUUGACAAGAGCGGGCAUAAUCCCGACAAGAAGGAUCACGCGCGGGGCGAUUUCGCGACUCUCGUCAAGAUGAUGUGCGAGGGUGGGACGAAGACUUGCGCGGGUAAGGCCCGGAGCAAGGACGCGAAGGAGCUUCCGCUGCACCUCGCGGCCUCGUGCCAGGUGCAUCCCUCCGUCCUCGCCGAUAUCAUCGAGGCGUUCCCGGAGGGAAUCGACAAGCCGUGCAGGAACGGGUACAACGCCGUGUUCCACUGCCUCAGCACCAUGGACCCGAGGCCGUCGAAAAACGCGAUCCAAAACCUCCACACCCUCAUCAAGGCCAAACCGGAGCUGGCACGCACGGGGAGGGUGCUCACGGGCGUCCCGGGAGGACCGCCGAUUCCCCCCGAAGCCGGUAGGACGCCGCUGCAGUUUUGCAUCGAGCACGGGUUGGACGACGGCGUCGUCGCGGCGUUGCUCGACGCGGAUAAGGACUGCGCGAAAGAUAAGAACAGCCAGGGUAACCUGCCCCUGCACCAGGCUCUCCGGGUCGUCGCCCACGACGUUCGGGAGAUUGGCCGAGUUCGAAAGAUCUUAAGAGCGUACCCGGGCGCGAUUGAGCAACCCGGCCAGUUUGGGUGGCUGCCGCUGCACUUUGCGUUGGCGUCCAACUGCCACGCGGAGACGGUCCGGCUGGUGCUACGCGCCCACCCGGACGCCGCGCGGAAGCUCGUCAUCGACGCGGACGGCGGCACGGGGGGCAUGCAGCUCAACGACCCGUCCGAGGCGAUCACCGCGCUGCAUCUCGCGGUGGAGCGGGGCGACGCCGGGCUCGUGAAGGACAUCGUCGCCGCCGCGCCCGCGAUGGCGACGCACCUCAAUGCGGAGGUUGGCCUCCCGUUGCACCACGCCGUGCACUGCAAGGCGCCGUUGCCGGUCAUCAAGGAGACGGUCGCGGCGUUCCCGGAGGGGACGCGGGUGGCGAACGCGGAUGGGCGGAUCCCCCUCCACCUCGCCGCCGGCGGAAGCUCCGGAUCUUCCGCGUACGCGACUCUCAAGUUUCUGGUCGAAUCUUACCCCGACUCCGUUCACGUCCUGGACCACAACGGCAAAUCCGCCGCGGACCUGCUCGGCAACUCGGAGGCGGCGCGGCUGCUCAUCCAGGGCAUCUCGGAGUGGCAAGCUGAGCGCGCGGCGCGACGGGCGGAACAAACGGCGAACAGGAUGGCGGACGUCGCGGCGCGAGCCGACGCUCAUCGCGGCGCCCCCGCCGCCCCCAACGCCGCCAAUCCCAACGCCGCGCCCGCCAAUCCCAUCCAGCCCGGCGGCAUGGACACCAUCUCGCUGCUGUCGCGCGUGCACCAAGGGUCCGCCGCGGACUUGCAGCCCCACGAGUUGGACAGGCUCGUUGACGGGUUAAGGAUGGCGCUCGGCGACGCCAAGUACGAGCAGACGCGCCGGCCGCUGGAGGACGACAUCGUGGACGAUAAGGAGGACUGGAUGUGCCCCAUCGGGCACUGUUUGCUCCGCGAUCCGGUCAAGGCGUCGGAUGGGUUCACGUACGAGCGCAGGAAGAUCGCGCGGUGGAUGCGCAAGAGCAGGAACGAGAGCGGCGGCGACGGGUCGACGAGGGGGGGUCGACGCGAGGCUAAGUGGAAGUCGCCCAUGACUGGUGCGUACUUUAAGGACUUCACCGUGGAGCCCAACGACGAGAUGAGGACGUCGAUCGAGGCGGAGGUCAAGAGGCGAGUGGACGAUGCGCGGAGGAACGCACGGGCGACCGACGACUCGGACGCCGAGGAGGACGCCGAGGAGGACGUGGCGGCGGACUCAGUCGUGGCGGGGGUGACGGUGCCGAGGAAGGGAAAGACGAAGAGGGGCGCCUCCGGGGGAGCCAAGCAGACGCCCGCGAAACGAACGAGGAGGCUAAACGCGAACGCCGCGGUCGGCGAGACGCCCAGGAGGCUUCGAUGA